AUGAGUUCUACAACAAAAAAAGAUGUAAUUAGACGUAAAUUAGUUAUAGUUGGAGAUGGUGGUUGUGGCAAAACUUCUUUACUGUCUGUUUUCACAUUAGGUAGAUUUCCAAAGGUUCCAACGGUAUUUGACACCACUGUAACAGAUGUUAAGAUUGAUGGUAAACCAGUACAGUUGGCUUUAUGGGAUACAGCUGGACAAGAAGAAUAUGAACGUUUGAGACCACUUUCAUAUUCAAAAGCACAUGUAAUUCUUAUUGGAUUUUCAAUUAAUUCUCCCGAUUCAUUAGAAAAUGUUGCUUCAAAAUGGAUUGAAGAAGUUAACAGACUUUGUCCUGGAAUUCCUGUUAUUUUAGUUGGAUUAAAAACAGAUUUAAGAAAUAGCGAAACAGAAAUUGAAGAUAUGAAGAAUAAAGGCUUUUCUUUUGUUGAUCCAAAACAGGGAGAAACAAUGGCGCAACAAAUAGGAGCAAAGAGAUAUAUAGAAUGUUCAGCAUUAACGGGAGAAAAUGUUGAUCAAGUUUUUGAAGUUGCUUCAAGGAAUGCUUUAUUGGUAGGAGGUCCAGGAAAUAAUAAUGACGAUAAUAAAAUGAGAAAUAUUAAUUUAUGGAUGUGGGAGGUUGAACAAUGA